CGUCGUCACACCUCGCUCAUCCUCCGCAUCGUCAAGACGUUCAUUGCUCACGCUACCACGCCACGGGCAUCGUUUUUUCUCAUCAAAAAUUAACCAUAAGUCCUCUUCGUAUUCUCGAUUGUUUCUCGAUCGAUCGUUUGUCGGGUGUCAGCCUCAAAUUUGGAACGAAACACUUCUAAACUUGAUAUUUCGUGUUAUUCUACGAUUCGACCAAAUUCAGCAUCGAAAAGGAGUUUCUCAACGCGUAUAAUAUCAUCGAUAUUUGCGAUUAUCAAACCAGAUAUCGAUGCUAUCGAUCAACAUGCGAAUCUUCAAAACGGUGUUGCUACUCGCCGCGUUCUGUUCUAACAGAGUUGCGCAGUGUUUACCGAUUGCGAACGAAACAUCGAUUGUGGAAUCAUCGAAUCCGACAACAUCGACUCCCUUCAAUUCUACAAUCGAUUAUUACGAUCAGCGACAAAACGGAUCUGAAAAUUAUCGUGUUCACGUGGAUGGCGUGAUGCUCGUCAUUGCUCCUGUUGAGACACUCCUUCUAGCAGGUGUUGCUGACAAUAAUAAACCUAGUUUGCCGGCAAUUGAUUCUUCGAAACCAUCAUCGAGUAAACCGGAAAUCAAUCUUAAACUAUCACCAAUGUCCAAGUCAGCACAAAGGGCUGGCUUACGCUUGGCGAAUUUAUUGGUUCCUCUGUUGCGUCGUAUUCGCCAUGAAUGAAGAACUCAAACUUUUAUACGAAACACAAAAUAUUUACGUAAAACUCCAUUAUCAUUUUUGUUUAAUCAUAUAGCGUCCCUUUAUCUCAUCCCUGCCAACAUCAUUUUUUCAUUUCCUCGUAAAAAUGAUGAUUAUUAGUUUUAUUUUAAGACGAUAUUUAUUUUUAAUCUUGCUUGUAACUUGUUUGUAAAAAUUAGCAAAUUUAAAAAAGAAUUAAAAAAAAUGUUGAAUUAAAAUUAAAAUAGCUUACACGGAAAAAUAUUUUACUAUAUUUGACAUUGCACGAGUUACAGAAUGGUUCAAGGUUUCUUUUGUGUAACCUUUAUACUAUCUUUUGAAUAAAAUUAACGCUCGAGCCUUUCACGAACAAUUGUAUACUUAAGUAAAUAUACAAUAUAUAAUAUACAAUUUUUAUCGAAACGAAAUUUAUUUGAUUAAAAAUUAAAAUACAUUAUUUAUGAGUUCCUUUUUGGUAUAUAAUCACAAUACUUUGUAUAAAAAAUGCUUAGGACUAUGAUUCUCAGAAUAUAUAUCAUCUGGGUGGAAUCAUUUAUUUCAUUUAGAAAAAAAAAAAGAUACGAAAAAAAAA